CACUAACGUCGUGGACGCGCGUCCCACCUCUUUUCUUUGUAACGUUCAUCUCUCCUACUAUUUCUUUACUCCGAUUCCAUUAUAAUGGCUGAUCCUAGUGGUGCGCCCCCGCAACCCGGUCCCAAUGACAUUUCAACUGCUAUUUUGCGGCCCAAGAAGUCGCCAAAUCGCUUGAUUGUUGAUGAGUCGUCGGCAGACGACAACUCUGUCGCGACCAUCAACCCAGCUACGAUGGAGACCUUGUCUCUCUUCCGAGGUGACACUAUCAUCAUCCGCGGCAAGAAGCGACGGGAUACCGUUUUGAUUUGCCUAAGUUCCGAUGAUGUCGAAGAAGGGAGAAUCCAGAUGAACAAGGUCGCCCGUAACAAUUUGCGAGUCAAACUCGGUGAUCUCGUCAAUGUUCACCCGUGUCUCGAUAUCAAAUACGGAAAACGAGUCCAUAUUUUACCGUUUGAUGACUCCGUUGAGGGUCUCAGUGGCAAUAUCUUUGACGUUUACCUCAAACCGUACUUCCUUGAAGCUUACCGACCCGUCCGGAAGGGUGACACCUUCCUUGUGCGAGGAGGCAUGCGAACUGUCGAAUUCAAAGUCAUCGAAACAGACCCCGCCGAAUUCUGUAUAGUCGCGCAGGAUACUGUCAUUCAUACCGAGGGAGACCCUGUCAAGCGUGAGGACGAGGAAUCAAAUCUCAAUGACGUCGGAUACGAUGACAUUGGUGGAUGCCGCAAGCAGAUGGCUCAGAUUCGUGAACUCGUCGAGCUACCGCUCCGUCAUCCUCAACUUUUUAAAUCCAUUGGUAUCAAACCUCCCCGCGGUAUUCUUAUGUUCGGCCCACCCGGAACGGGUAAGACGUUGAUGGCACGGGCGGUUGCAAACGAGACUGGCGCUUUCUUCUUCUUGAUCAAUGGUCCCGAAAUCAUGAGUAAGAUGGCCGGAGAGAGUGAGAGUAAUUUGAGGAAGGCAUUCGAAGAGGCCGAGAAGAACUCGCCUGCUAUCAUCUUCAUUGAUGAAAUCGAUUCAAUCGCUCCUAAGCGUGAAAAGACCAAUGGAGAAGUCGAGCGUCGUGUUGUGUCCCAACUGCUUACACUGAUGGACGGACUGAAGGCGCGGUCUAACGUUGUGGUUAUGGCUGCGACCAACCGACCUAACUCUAUUGACCCUGCUUUGCGACGAUUCGGUCGAUUUGAUCGUGAGGUCGACAUCGGUAUCCCUGACCCUACUGGCCGUCUCGAAAUUUUGCGUAUACACACCAAGAACAUGAAAUUGGCCGACGACGUUGACCUCGAGCAGAUCGCCGCGGACACCCACGGUUACGUUGGUUCUGACGUGGCCUCCCUUUGUUCGGAGGCAGCUAUGCAGCAAAUUCGUGAAAAGAUGGAUUUGAUCGACCUUGACGAGGAUACCAUUGAUGCCGAAGUUCUCGACUCUCUCGGUGUUACCAUGGACAACUUCCGAUUCGCAUUGGGCACAUCGAAUCCUUCUGCUCUUCGGGAAACUGUUGUCGAAGUGCCUACCGUCACUUGGGACGAUGUUGGUGGUUUGGAAAAGGUCAAGCAGGAACUGCAGGAGACCGUGCAAUACCCAGUGGAUCACCCCGAGAAGUUCAUCAAGUAUGGCAUGUCGCCGUCGAAGGGUGUCUUGUUCUAUGGCCCUCCUGGUACCGGUAAGACGCUCUUGGCGAAGGCCAUUGCCAAUGAAUGCAACGCCAACUUCAUUAGUAUUAAGGGACCCGAGUUGCUCACGAUGUGGUUCGGUGAGUCUGAAGCCAACGUUCGUGACGUUUUCGAUAAGGCUCGGGCUGCUGCACCGUGUGUCAUGUUCUUCGAUGAAUUGGAUUCGAUUGCCAAGGCUCGUGGUGGCUCGUCGGGGGAUGCUGGUGGUGCAGGUGACCGUGUGCUGAAUCAGAUUCUCACCGAGAUGGAUGGGAUGAACACGAAGAAAAACGUCUUCAUUAUUGGCGCGACGAACAGACCUGAUCAGAUAGACUCGGCGCUGCUUCGUCCUGGUCGUCUUGAUCAGUUGAUUUACAUCCCUCUUCCUGACGAGCCUUCUCGUCUGUCCAUCCUCAAGGCUACACUGAAGAAGUCGCCUGUUUCCCCAGAAGUUGACCUUAGUUUCCUGGCGAAGAACACGCACGGCUUCUCCGGCGCGGAUUUGACCGAAAUCUGUCAACGUGCUGCAAAGUUGGCUAUCAGAGAGUCCAUCGACGCGGAUAUUAGGAGGACACGGGAAAGGCAAGAAAAGGAGGAGGCUGCUGGUGAUGACAAGAUGGAAGAAGAUGUGGAGGAGGAGGACCCCGUCCCCCAAAUCACAAGGGAGCAUUUUGAGGAGGCGAUGAAGUAUGCCCGUCGUUCGGUUUCCGACCAAGACAUUCGACGUUAUGAGAUGUUCUCUCAGAAUCUGCAACAGUCGAGAGGGUUUGGAAACAACUUCAAGUUCCCCGAGGGUGGGCCUUCUGGUUCUACGGCUGGUGUCGCUUCGGGCAAUGCAGGAUUUACGGAGGAGAAUGCUGACGAUGACUUGUAUGCGUAAGAAAAAAGGACUGUAUAUCUUCGACCCUCUUGUUUUUGUACGUUUUUAAUUUCAUGAGAUGAGUGGUAGACGAUCCAAUGUCAAUGUUAUUGCUCGUUACAUGUGCUUUAUGAGUAAUUUCUUGCCGCGGAGAUUGCC